AUGGCGAAAGUUGAGGAUGAAAAUUAUGUCUCUGAUACUUCAUCUGGAGGUGAAGGAAAUCUGGAGCAAAAUCAUCGGAAAGUUGAAGUUCAGCGCCGUCGGAGGCUUGUUCAAAAGAAAAUUCAGUUUGGCAAGAAGAAUGUGCAGACCAAAGGUGUUGGAGAACACUCGCAUGUCAGAUGUCCGAUAACUCGUUCCAGUGCUCAGAAGAAGCGAUUUUCUCAGAAGAAUGCUAUGGAGCGAAACGGAGAUGCUAAUGGGAAGAGGAAGGUUAAAUAUCCAGAUGACAUCGAUUCUGAUUUCGAAGUUGAACAAUGUGUUCCUGUGGAUGAAGAAGAAAGUGAGGAUAGCUCUGAGGCUAACAAAUCAGUACUGAGGAGGUCCAAGGGCAACACACAUAGGCAUAAAUCGAGUUGUUCCGAGUUUGAAGAUGAAGAUGCCAGGAAUAAACACCAAAGAGAACACAAGGAUUGGGAAUUGCUUUUUCCAAACUCAAGAGCAUUGGUCGUGAAGAUAAUCAACAGCAAUGAUAACAGUCGUUCUACCACACCUAUUGCUGACAUUAAGCGUUUGUUAUCCAACGAUCAAUUGGAGGUGUUUAGAAAUUCUGCUUUUGGUAAAUUUAUAGACCUACCUCAUUAUAAGAUUCAGAAUCAACUUGUCAAUUUGAUUUCAUUACGAGAAGUACACCAACCGAGGUUGGAUGAAAUGUGGUUUGACUUUGGUGGGAAGAUCAUGAGAUUUGGGGUUGAGGAGUUCGCUGUGAUAAGUGGUCUAAAUUGUAAUGGCUUAUGUAAAAAGCUUUGUUAUCCCCCCGUCCCUGAUGGUCUUUUUGACAGAUAUUUCGCCAAUGUUGGCUUGAACCGUCAAUCUAUUAAAUGUCUAUUUCUUAAUAGAGCGUGGAUAAAUGACCAUGAUGGAGUGAAACUGGCCAAGCUUCACUUGCUCGCGAAUUUUCUCAUGGGUGCUCAGGAUAAUCUUUUGUUUGAUAGGUGUUUCUUAGAUAUUCUUGAUAGCCAAGAUUGUGAUAACUAUCCGUGGGGUAAAGAGGUGUACGACUACACCCUUGAUUAUCUAAAGAUGUCGUCUCGUAACAAGGAGUCUUUGCUUCAGAAAUUAGAUGGCACUGAAAAAAGAGUGUGGUUUUAUGAGGUGUGUGAUAGCACAGAUGGAGUCAUAUGUACCCGUCUUUCAGUUCCUAACGUGCCCCGGAUGUUAAAUUGGGAGGCACACAUGAGAUGUGGUAGACGACUCAUCCAGAGGGUUUUCUUGACCUUGCCAUCAGAUAAGCUGGACGGUUUUUUUGUCGAAAGGAACGAGUUCAUCCGUAAUGAAUCUCAAAGUACUCCUACAUUCUCUGUUCCUGGUGCAACUGAGUCUCCUUUUAUAGGACGUUUAAACGAGUUGUCUUCAAACCAAGUGAAGAUUAUGAAUGAUUUGGAUGAUUUGAAGAAGUUGUUUACUGACUUUUCGACUAAAGUGAUGCAUGAGAUACUCAGUCUUAAAGAAACAAUGGUGCAUGAAGAAAGUGGUAAACAACAAGAUCUCCCCCAUGAUGUGGAUAACCAAGAUAUUUCUCGAACGGGAUUAAAUGAUGGAGAAGGUGCUAAGCCCAACGAUGUUCCAGAAAGUAGUCGUCAUCAAGAAAACGUUGGGAUCCACAAGGAAGUUGAUGCUGAAGAUUUUGUACAAGGGAAUGGUGAACAUAAUGUAGAUUUCGAUGUUGAUGGUUUCCCUGUUUUGACCCCGCAAAUGAUGGAUGAGAUUGAUAGGACGACCGAGGGAAAAUUAAAAAGCAUGCUAACUGCCAACAAAAAUGACACUCCUGGUGUUAUUGGAGGUCUUGAUAUUGGUAUACAGGGUAACCAAAAUGUGGAUGAUCUUGUGUCGGUGGUCGACAUCCCAUUUAAGAAAAUCAAACGUGUAAAAAAAAGACAAGUUAUUUGUAAGUCAUGCCCUUUUGACACUGAUUUUUGGGACACGAUGCGGUUUGAUUUAACUUCGGAUCUCGUUGAGUGGUUGAAAGUGGGUAAACUUAAGAAUCGGCGUAAGAAAAAGGAAGGGUUCGUGUACUAUGACAAGAAGAACACAACCUUAAGCCCCCCAUUUGAUUUUAAUGUUGACGUGGUUUCGGAUAAGAAUUGGUUCUUCACCUUGUAUGAAUCCAAUUGUUUCCUUGAUGGUAGUAAAUUUACUACCACUGAUAAUUUUUUCGACCAGCAGAUGAAAUCACUAUAUUCUUUAUACAUUGUUAACUCAUGUGAGCCCCGGAUUUGUACGAUCGAUAGUGUCAUUGUCGACUACAUGUUUGGAUUCAAAAUUCUGUGCGGGGAGUCAUGGCUCGAUGUUGAUUACGUACUCUUUCCGAUUCAUGUUGAGUUAGAAGGUGUUGGCCAUUGGAUAUUAGGGAGGUUGUCGUUCGCAACUAGAACGUUGAUGAUUUAUAACUCCUGUCGAUCGACUGAUUUUGACCAGGUUGUGCUAGAGAGUGUCAAGCGAUAUUCCAUAUUGAUCCCCAUAUUUCUUGCUAUGGUAAAAUUUGUCUCUAGACGUGCUGACAUAAAGAAAAACAUUGGUCCAUACUCGGGAAAGGCAGAGAAUGAUCCUCUUGAUGUCAUUUUCGUGGAAGAUUUGCCCCAGCAGCUAUUCUGUGAUUGUGGCGUAUUCGUUGCUUCGUUUGCGGAGUAUAUUGUUUCUAAUGAGCCCAUCAAUGCUGCUACGUUUGACGUUGAUAUCGAGCGGUCAAGGUUUUCAUACCUAUUGUACACACAUGGAAAAAUGAAGCAGGAAAAAGAUUCCGAGAGUGAAGAUGAUUCGCCUGGUCCGUUGCCGGCAAAUUAUCGAAGCUAUGUAGACAAACUAAACCCUGGUGUUUCUCCUUUUGGGCAUGGUGUGUUAUGGAAUAUGUUGGACAUGUUUUGA